CAUGCAUUUACGGAACAACAGUACUGGCGAGGAGAACGUGAUAUUAGAAUUAGUGUCCUGAAAAGAUUGACAAAUUGACGUUAACUCGUAAAGAAAAGUUGUAAAUGAAGGAAUUUAGAAUACAUCUCAAGGAACACUAGUUUAGAACUCCGUUUAACCAAUUAUCAUGAACUUGAUUCACUGUAAACCGAUUUUAAUUUGCGGAUUUUUGACAAUAUGGCUCUUGGAAUUAUCCCAGGGGAAAUCGGACGGGGGAGCAAAAUCAGACGGGAACGAUAUGCAGUGUCCCAGUUGUGAGAAAAUACAUUGUACCCCUCGAAGACCAUCCAAAUUGCGCUGUAAAGGAGGCAUUACCCGGGGAAUAUGCAACUGUUGUCCUGUAUGCGCCAAAGUGGAGGGUGAAACGUGUGGGGGCGAGUGGAACUACCUUGGAAAAUGUGACAGAGGACUUCAGUGUGAACCCAGAAAAUCUCACCGUCAAAAAGAUUAUAGGACAACACAAGAGACUACCUCUAGAAAAUGGAAACCUGAAGGAAUUUGUCAACAAGCAUCAAACCAGCUGUCCGACCAAGGACUACCUGCAUAUUGUCUUCCCCAGUGUUCUCCAGUAUAUUGUAGAAAAAAUCCUAAAGCAGUAUGCGCAGCAAUAGAUAUAGCUGAGAGGAAGCAGAAUUGUCAGGGUGACUGUCAACACACGUCAUGUAGCGCAUGUCGGUUUGUCAACGAUGAACCUGAUUGUAUAAAGUGCCGAAGAGAUGAUUUCCAAUGUAUGAAAAAUUAUGGCAAAUGCGUACGCAAACAAGUGUGUACGAGACAUAAGUUUCCCUGUAAGAAAAAGAGUAAGAAAGAAGAACUGGGGAAGUUUGUUUGUAAAGUACCAGAGUGUCUGGAUUAACAGAUUAGAGAUAAUCCUCGGUGUAUGGAUAAUCCACUAUAACUGUGACAAGUGUAAUCACCAAGUCAAUUAAAGGACAUGUCUCAAUAAUGACUGAGAGAUGCCCCUUUAAUAGGAAUGCACCUGGAAUGCACCUGAAAUGCACCUAAUGUGACUCAGCAGCUCUGGCUCAUUAUCCAGCUCCGUGGCCCAAUUUUGUUUUUGAUUUGUUAAAGUAGUUAUCUCUUUCAUUUAUGAUGCUAACUUAUUUGUGAGGCCAAUUCAGUAAUCCUUUAUUCUAUCACAUGAGGAAAGAGGGGUAACACAACAUUGUUCAUAUCUCCCUACUAUCAGUAAGUGAUAGAUAUGAAUAUGAUAUAUAUUUACUGGCCUGUCAAACUGUUUGGGAUUAAGAGAAAUGGCUGGUCUAAAUGGAACUAGAUAGAGCUUUUAACUGUGAUAGGCUUUUGUAUGAUGUACUUCGAUGUAGAACUCCAUUAUUAUCGCAGUUAAGUGAAUAGAUACUUCAUCUGUGCAUUUAUAGAUGGGACAGUUACAAGAAUGUGAUAUAAAAAAAAUCAGAUAUGUAUGCUAUAAAUAUAUUUCACCAUAGUAACCACUGUAAAAAGGUCUGCAUUAUCUUGGUAUAAUUCCAGGUCUAUUUAGCCCUAUUUAUGAUAAGAACAACCUGUAAUUAUGAUUAUGAACGCCCUCUAUACUCAAGAUGAGCUCAAGUUAUGAGAGAAUAUUAGUUUGAUGUUUGUUGCAACAUUUGUACAAAUUGUACAUAUGUAUCUAAAUAAGUGUACAAAAUAUUUUUGUAAAGAAUUGUACAUAUAAAAUGUAUAUUAGCUUCAUUGGCCUGUAGUUUAGCAAUAGACACAUUAAGCUUAUAGUCUUUCAUCAAAUAUGCCGGCCGGCACUUCAUAUUUUCGGUUUUUAUGUCACCGCCAGGAGUGGUGAUAUAUUGUUAUAGUCU